AUGGUUGGUGUUUUCGCUGGACUUCAGCUGGCGAUCGACCUGCCGUCCAGCAUGCCGUACAAGGACAAGCAGAAGCUCAGGCUUGCCAUCACCAAGCACGGCGGCACCGUCUCCUUCCUCUGUUCGCGCGAGUCGAGCUACUUGAUCUCUGUCGAGCCCAAUGAAACCGCAUUCAAGGUGAAGACGGCCUUGAAACAUGGCAUUCCGAUUGUCUCGCCCGAAUUCGUGCACGCUUGCGUCAAGCAGGCACAAAUCGUCCCUACAGCCCCAUAUACCCUCGUCAAAGGCUUGCUGGAGCGUCAGUUUGGCUCGGGGAAGAUUACCACGCGUGCUGGUGCCGCUGCCGCGUCUGCGGCCAAACCCAAAUCUGGCACCAAAUUGUCCCAACACGCUGGUGCCGCCGCUGCCGCCGCGGCUGUCCCAAAGCGCGUUCCAGUGUCCCGCUCGCUGGAUCUCUCCGUCUUUCGUGUGUACGAGUGGCACGAUCCUGCAGGGCCGAGCUUCCCAGAAGACCCUGCGCACUACGAGGUUGCACGAGCAAUCGUCCUGCAGCGCGUCCAGCACGGCGCAGCUGAGUUUGCGACGUUCGAGCUGCACGUGUCGGCAGCGCAAGAGUCCGGUGCUGCACCCGCGUUGGAGUCGCAGCAGCUGAGCGGCGGCCGUACCUCAUCAUCCCUCCUCUCCAGCUCGUCGCGGGCUGACACGACCACUACCUCCUCCACCAGGCCUCCGCGAUUCCGCAUCUAUGGCCAGCGCGGCAAAGUCGAUGAAUCUGUCGAGCAAGCCACGAUUUCUUGCCGCUUCACCACAGAGUCCCUGCUCGCCGAGCUCCUCUUUGGCGCGGUUGUCGCCGAGGCUCAGCGCGGUGGGUUUGCAAAAGUCCAAAUCGCGUCGGCCUCGAUUGGCUCGCCUCGGCGCCGUCGCGAUGCUCUCGAGUCGGCCUCCAGCUCGGCUGCUGCCACGCAACUGCCAGAGGAAGUCAAGCAGUUGGUGGCGGCCAUCUUCCAAGACGCGCAUGCCCACUUGAUCCGCACGGUGGACAUGCCGCUUGGCACAUUGUCUGUGCCGCAGAUUGAAAAGGGUUUGACCAUUUUAGGCACCAUUGAAGGCAUUCUACUCAAGCAGACCAAGUCUGAUGGUGCUCAAAUGGACGACAACGGUGACAACGCAAACGGCACUUCUGCUUCUGCUUCUUCUUCUUCUUCUUCUUCUCCAAUGCCGAAGGGACUGUCUGCGUUGUCCAAUGAGUUUUAUGCCACCAUCCCGCAUAAGAGCCCUGCCAACCCGGUGACCAGUUUGCAAGCUGUCACGGACAAACAAGAGCUUUGCCAGCUGCUGCUCGACGUGUGUGCAGUCAGCGAAACCAGCUGGCUCAGUUCGUCAACCUCCACGCCCGUCGAGCAGCAGUACCGCUCGCUGGGCUGCGCCAUAUCGCCCGUCUCACUGGACAACCCGGAGCAUGCCGCCGUUGCCACGCUGCUCCGUGAGGCCGCUGGCGCGCGGCCGCUCCCUGCUGGGUUUGCUGUUCGUCAGGUCUUUCAGUGUACGCGCAGUGCCGAAAGCGCGGCAUUCAUGGCCAACCUGCCUGGUGGUGGUGUGGCCGAUGCGAACGUGCGCCAGUUGCUGCAUGGUGCGCGUGCUGCCAAUCUUGUCGGCAUCCUGUCCCGCGGUCUGAUGCUACCGCGCACGCUCGCUGAUCGCUUCCAAAUCGAGCGAACCGACUUUGGCUUUUUAGGGGCUGGCAUUUACUUUUCGCCGGAUGUCUCGUACGCGACAAGGUUUGCCAUCCCUGGCUCGCUUGGUACUCGCUUUGCGCUCGUGUGCGACGUUGCCCUGGGCGAGGUGUACAAGACGACCGUGCACAUGCCGUUGCUCUCUGCUCCGCCUCCUGGCUUUCACAGCGUCCACGGCGUUGGCGGAUCGGCCGCUUUUGCUGCGGACGAGUUUGCCGUGUACGACGCGCGGCGUCAGCGCGGAGCGUACCUUGUCGAGUUCACUGUGCUUGGCGACACGAUCAAACGACCUGCGACGACGCCCUCAGGUCUUCCCGCCGCCACGUCACCCGGCCCGCGCGUUCGCGAUCUGAAUGCCCCGUUCAUGACCGGCGACUCGGACGAGGAAGACGAAGAGGAGGUGGCGGAACGUCGCCGACAAGCGCUUCUUUCCAAAGGCCGACCAUUGGCAAUCGAGGCCUCUCCUGCAGUUGCGCCUCAAGGAGCAAAGCCCAACGCGUCACGCAAGACACGCCAGCCGCAGCAGCGGCGGAAAGAUGAACCGGCCGUGGCUCCGCCAUCCCCAGCCCCUGUUGUUGCUGCUGUCGAGGCAAACCCCGCUCCAGCCAAAAAUGUUCCGGCCUUCGUACUCGAAGCACCUGGCGAACCAGCCACUGUCAAUCCCGUCUCCCUCGAUGACGUCGCCAACAUCACCAAUCCGAUGGACAAGGUCGUUCCGGGCCUUGUGGCCGGCGGUGUCAGCGUUCCCCUGAGGUCUGUCCAUGUCCGAACUCGCAUCUUGGACUUGGUGGCUCAAGUCGUCGUCUUGCAAGAGUACUACAACAGCAGCGCCGAUCCAAUCGAAGCAAAGUACGUCUUCCCGCUCGACGACACAGCUGCCGUUUGCGGGUUUGAGGCGUUCAUCAACGGCAAGCACAUUGUCGGUGAGGUCAAGGAGAAGGAGCAAGCGCACAAAGAGUACAAGGAGGCUGUUGAGCGCGGCGAUGGUGCCUAUCUGAUGGACGAGGAGACGCCAGACGUGUUUACGGUGAGCGUUGGCAAUCUACCCCCGGCGUGUGCCUGCCUCAUCAAGAUCACGUACAUUUCAGAGCUGGGCGUCGAUGGCAGCGAUGUCGUCUUUACGCUCCCAAGCUCGGUUGCCCCCAGCCGCCGCCAAGCCCUUCGCGCAAAGGCAGGCGCGACUCAACAGACGGUGGCCUCGAUCGACGUCGAUGACACGAGCGCGCUCGACCUCUCUGUGCAGGUUUCCGUCUCCAUGCCCUUUGACAUCCAAGACGUGUACUCGCCCACGCAUCCGCUCAAGCGCAAGCUGACUUCCACGCUUGCCACGGUUGAGCUGGAUCAGCCACUGCUUGUUCGGAUGGGUGAAGGAUCUGGUUUCACCAAGGACUUUACCCUGCUCGUCAAAAUGAGUCAAAUCCACGUUCCGCGCAUGUGGGUCGAGCAGGACGAGCAGGGCCACGAAGCCUGCAUGCUGGCAUUUUAUCCAGAGUUUGAGACGAGUGAUGCGCUUGGGCGCAAGGGAGUGUCCACGCUGGACACCCAUGAAGUCAUCCUCAUGCUUGACUGCUCCGCCAGUAUGCGUGACGCUGACGCUAUUGUUGACAUGAAAAAGGUCGCCCUGCUUGCGUUGCAGCGCCUGCCCGAUGGCGCUCUCUUCAAUGUCGUCUGCUUUGGCACCUUCUUUGACGAGCUCUUCCCGUGCGCUCGCCCAAAGAUGCGCGACACUGUGCAGGCUGCCUGGCAGUACAUUAACAACCUGUCACCAUCGCUCGGUGGCACCGAGCUGUGGCACCCUCUCCACGCGUACUUUUUGUUGAACGCCCCUUCUUCCAGUGCUGCCGACGGCGGAAGCUCUGCCUCCUCGACCAGCAGUUUGGGCAGUGUGGCGCUCCCACCUGGCAGCACGCCUCUUCUGCAUGCGGUCGAGCAGCAACGAGUGCGAAACGUGGUGCUCAUCACCGACGGCCACGCCACCAAAGAGUCGGUUGUUUUGGAUGCAGUUCGGGCCGCUGCGCCUGCCGUCCGCAUUUUUACGUGCGCUGUCGGCUCGGCGUUCAAUCGGCACUUUAUCAACUCGGUGGCCCGCCUCAGCGGCGGCGCGUCCGAAGUGUUUGAUCGCAAGCAGAAAUCGGGAUGGGAGCGUCGCGCUGGUCGUCAGGUGGAUAAGGCGCUGCAGCCUUCUCUCACAGACGUCCGUGUGGAAUGGGCAGUCCAUGAUGACAGCGCAUCUGCCGACGUGACCACCAUUGGCGGCAGCGACUCUCUCCUCUCCAAAGGCAAGGUGCAAGCGCCAGCGCAGAUUGUGUCGCUCUUCCACGGCUCUCGGCAAAUUGUCUACGGGUUUGUGCCGUUCUGUCGCAUGGCCACCCUCAAGGCGCGCGUCGAUGGCAUGGAGGUCGAGACCAUGGUGUCCACGCACGACCUUGCAGUGACCAAAGGCCGCAUGCUGCAUCAACUGGCCGCGCGUGCAGUCAUCCGCGACUGGGACACUGGCUCGCUGGAUUCGGAUCGCAUUGCUCACGAAGUGCGCAAGCGCGACUCCAAGCACCAAAUUAUCCAACUGAGCAAAAAGUACUCGAUUGUCACUCAGUUUACGAGCUUUGUGGCUGUUGAGAAACGUGACAAGGAAUCCGAAGCCAAGAUCGACAAGUCGGCGAUUCCUUCGAUUGCCGAGCUCGUGGGAAAGGAAGACGUCGACAGCUUGCAGUACAUGGGGUGGGAGGUGGACAAGCUCGCGCACGAGGCUGCCGCCAAGUCCAGCGCGACCAGCACUGCUUCCGACUCGUCCGUGUCCGAGCAUGUUGCGCCCAUGGUGUCGGCCGUCCGCGAAUUAUUGCGCGAGCUUCCUGCGAUGGGCAGCCUGAUCAACGCGCUGCUCGAUGACGCAUGCUACACUGACAAGACGCAGAGCUACGCCGAUGCCGCCAUCAAGUUCCAAGAGGCCCUCGAACUGCUCGGGCAAGACGUGCCCCCGACCCAUCCAGGUCUUCUUCGCCUUGCUGUGGCGUACGCCGACUACCUCGAGUAUUACGCAGGAGACGGUCUUGGUGCGGUUGCCGUGCGCAAGGAGUUUUUCGACAACGCCAUCAGCGAGCUGGAUUGUUUGGCGGAAGACUCGUACAAGGACUCGACCCUGCUCAUGCAGCAGCUUCGAGACGACCUGCAGCGUCAAGACGCCAUGCUCAACGGUGAAGGCGGUGAGAACGAUGACGCCCUUUCGUUCGGUGGCUUGACACGAGAAGAAGUGCAAAACACCCCUGCUCCGCCCCCGCUGCCCGACAUGUCUGGUCUUCUUGAUGCAAUGACGACGACGAGCAUUUCUCAGUCCAUGAACGAACUGGGGCUCCAUGCAGAUGAGGACAAGCUCGAUCUGCUGGUGGUUGAUGUUGGUAUGGCGACUGUGAAGGCAGGAAUGGCUGGCGAGGACGCCCCGUCUUCUGUCUUCCCGACGCUUGUCGGUCGUCCGCGCCACAUAGGCGUCAUGGUUGGCAUGGGACAAAAAGACUCGUACAUUGGCGAUGAAGCUGGAUCCAAGCGAGGUAUUUUGACACUCUCCAGUCCAUUUUCCCGACCCGCUCCACGUCCUGCCGUGGCGGUUCCGCAGAACAAGCCCAAGCCAGCUCCUGACAACAAGCCAGCUCCUGAGAAGGCCCUUGUUUCCGACGCUCCAGUGGCUCCGCCGAUGAGGAUGGCAGCGCCGGCGCCAAUCACGGCAUCAGCUCCCGCCGAUUUCAGCCUCGAACCAGCACCCAUCCAGAUUCCUGCUCUGCCCAAGAAGCCACUGGCUCCGAUCAGCUCUCAACUGCCUCAAGCUCAAACUGCAUCCCUCCAGAAGGGCAAGAAGGCCGACAAAGGACCCGGGAUUGAUCUUUUGUUGCGGCAAUCGGUGGCUGAUCCUGUUGCCUCUUCUUCUGCUGCUUCUGCUGCUGCUGCCGCUGCAGUUGCUGCUGCUGCUGCCUCUGCUGCUUUGGUUGCGGAACAGCAACAGCAGUCCAGUUUAUUACCGACGCACUCUGAAUGGAGACUGCCCUCUCAACCCUCGUUGGUGGGGGGAUUGCCAAUGAUGCGGGGUGACCGGCUUGAAGGAUCGACAAUGCCAAUGGUUGAUGGAGUUCCUGCGCCUCAGCUUGAAGAGGAGCGAUCCUUGAACCGAAGUCGACGGAAAGCAGAAGCAGUCUCUGUUCCUGCGACUGCCCCUGCUUCUGCUCCGACUCCUACUUCCGGCAAAACCGCAUCCGCUUCGAGUCGCUCUCUGGCUGCUUCUGCCGUGUCCGCGCCUCCGCCUCCGCCACCAGCGCCAGCUCCAGCGGCAGCCCGACCGCCACCGCUACCGCCACGAGCGCCACCAGCGCCAGUUCUGCGCGGGGAAGCUGCUCCUCCCUCUGGCGGGCUCGCAAGGCAGUCGUCCUUGAGCGCGAGCACGGCAAGUGAAGCCGACUUUCUCUUCAAAGAAAGCCGCGUCAAGGACGCGCAGGAGAAAGAAGAGGCCAAAGCUCAAAACCGCCCGGCGCCGGUCGCCGCCGGUGCUGUCCGAUUCACAGACACCCGUCAAGACGAAAGCUCCCGCCCAAGCCUGGAAGAGACUCGGGCACCGAUGCGGGCUGUUCCGGCCCCGGCAUUCUUUGCCUCGCGCGCUGUUGGACCUUCGAAGGAGUUCUCGAAUGCCACCAGUGCCUUCCAAAGCCAGGAAAUCUCCAUCGUCAGCUCAGUGAACGCAAGUCCCCGUGGCAGAGUUUUGGGUUUUGCCAGAAAGGCUGAGUGGGAGAAUAGUAGUGCGCCUGCAGCGCCUGCUGGCCGUGGUGGUGCGCAUGCUGGUCGUGGUCGUGGAUCAGCAGCAGCUGCUGGCUCUCGAGGCCCAGCUCCGGAAGCCCUGAUGCAGUCUCUUCAAUCGUCCUUGAAUGCUCGCCGAGGCGUAAUCGAAAAAGCAGACAACUCUUCUGCAAGCGAUUCAGAGGAGGACGACUGGUCAGACUCCCCGAGUUCGAAAGACUCCCAGAAACGAUACGAGGCCAAAAAGGAACAGCCCAAAGCAGAAGAAGAGGAAGAGGAUGGAGACAUGGGCUACUCACUCUUUGAUUCGGAGUUUACUUCGGAGACGAUUACCGUCGAGUCUCCGAAACUGAAGGAAAAGGAAAAGGAAAAGAAGAAGAAGAAGCUGCGAGCAUAUGGCGGAGAUGACGAUGCUGAUGAGGACGGCAAAAGCGGCAAGGCAUCACGCGACAAGAAGGUGUUUGAGGGUUUCACCUUUGAGCCGCAAGCGCCUCCUCCGGUUUCCCAGCCUACUUCAGCAUGGCAGAAGGUCAAAGCCAAGCCCACUCCCAAUCUCAUGGCUCUGCAGCAAAGUGAUGGAAGCUUCUUGUUCAACUCCUCCACGUGUCGAGCCAUCCGGAUUGACUUUGCCUUGCUGCAGAAAGAACUUGACCAAGCCGGUGUGCAAUCGCUACUGCCGAGCGAACGUGCCGACGUUCCCAAGCUGGUUAUGAGCAUGCUGGUGCUGAUUUACGCACACUUGCACUCUCUCUUGCAGGGCGUGCCUCAAGACACGCUGGACGAUGUGGCCGAAUCCAUCUCGGGCCUCAAUCUGUCCGCCUUUGGCAUGUCGGACCUCAGCAUCAUUGCGCCCCUCAAAGCGUAUCUGCAGCGCGUGGAUUCCAAGCAUUCGGGCAUUGUGAGUCGGCUCGAGCUUGGCAGCACCUGGGGCACCUUUGCUUUCCGCGUCUGGCGCACCAUGUCCCAGUGA